UGAAUUUGAACGUCAAAUCUGUCAGGUUUAUUUGUCGACCUGUCAGUAAUCCGGUAAUUUUUGAAAAAUUGUUUAGAAGCAGUAUUUAAUAACAUACAUCUAAUAUGAUUCGCUUUAUAUUAAUACAGAACAGAGCGGGUAAAACAAGACUGGCCAAAUGGUAUAUGAGCUUCGACGAUGACGAAAAACAGAAACUAAUAGAGGAAGUCCAUGCUGUUGUUACAGUGAGAGAUGCCAAACACACAAACUUUGUAGAGUUUCGAAAUUUCAAAAUCGUCUACCGUCGAUACGCUGGCCUCUAUUUUUGUAUAUGCGUAGAUGUGAAUGAUAAUAAUUUGUGUUAUUUAGAAGCAAUACACAAUUUUGUCGAAGUUCUAAAUGAAUACUUUCACAAUGUUUGUGAGUUAGAUUUGGUUUUCAACUUUUAUAAAGUUUACACUGUGGUGGAUGAAAUGUUCCUGGCUGGUGAAAUCAGGGAGACAUCCCAGACAAAAGUUUUAAAGCAACUGUUAAUGUUAAACUCACUUGAAUAAAAUGCAUGUAAGAUACUCAAAUAUUUGUAUUGGGCUAAUGAAACAGUUAUUUUGUCAGUGUUAUAUUAAGUACGCACAUGUUGUGUUCUUUAUUAUUUACACAAUUUCUAUGUUUGGAAGAUUUAAAAGUAACAAAGUAUGUGUAAAAGGCAAUGCUGUGUUGUAUAUAUUAUUAAAGUGAAUGUUGCCUUACAAAUUCAGGUAAUUGAAUUUAUUUUAAACAUCAUUUUUAUUAAAUACAUAAUACAAAUAGCCCAAUACAAAUCAAUGCAGUGUACUGAUAUAAAUAUCUCUUAUGUGUGGAAAAAUAUGUAUAUUAAAUGUAAAAUGACCUAGUUUAUGUAUGAAUAUAAAAGUAAACCAUCUGAAGUACAAUAUUCAAGAACCAUACUUUAAAAAUUCAAGUGCAUCCUGUAAGAUACUUUGACUCUCCAUAGAAUUGAUUCAUUGUAUAAAUCAAAACGCAUAUUUAUUCUUUAUUUAAUAUCAUGGUUUUCCACCAACAAAUAUUUUAUUUUUUUUAUUUGAUGUGUUGACAAAUGUAGAAGUUUGGCACAGAAUAAUUAUGUUGUAAAGUGUUAAUGUAAAAUAUACUGAUUAUAUGACUAAAAUCGUUUUAUUUCGGACACUGUUAUUUGUCAUGAUGAAAACACUUACAACAUUUUUAUUCCUUGUGAAGGGUCUCUAGUUUCUAGAUAAAGUUCUCAGGCAAAUAUCAAUAUAAAUUGCAUUCUAUUGAAUUCCCUUCAUACAAAUUGACACAGCAGUUGGCUUCCUAAAUAUUUACUCAAUUAGUUUUAAAAUACCAAAAUUAUUUGUAUAUAUUUUAAGUAUGUUCUCAUAUAUAUUUUGUUUAUAUAUUUUAUUUAUAAUACACAAAUUGAUUAAUAUAUUCAUUUAUUAGUGUAUAUUGAGCCAAUGUGUUCAACUCGAAUAUUAUUACAGCAAAUGAACAAAAUUUGGCCUAGGACAUCUUUAUAUGGCCGUCAUAUCGAAGUGUAAACCCUUCUAUUUAAAAUCUAUUCAUGUUUCAUUUGUGCGAUUCAACAUUCCAUAAUAAAGAUGUUAUUGUAGAGAAAUAUGUUGCUUGUUGUGUUCAUAUACUAUAGUAAAUAAAUCUGAAAUUAUUAUAAA